GGCUUCCAGCCGGCAGGAAAAGGGGGCGGAGAAAGGGAGGUGGGGGUGGAAGCGCUGACGCGAUUCUGUCCGCGUUGGAGCCGCCGCCGUGACCGCCGCCGCGUGACGUGGCAGAGCCCGAGCGCGAGCCGUCGAGCGCAAGCGCCCCAUUCCUACAAUAAAUGCCCGCCGAGCCGCCGCCGGUGCCAGCCGCUCCUGCCGUCUGAGCCCGCGCCCGAGCCCCAGCCGGUGUCGGGGCCGCCCCUCCGCACGGAAGCCGCGAGCAGAGCCACGCAGGCCGCGGGGCCCGCCGCCCCCGUCCGUCCCCGUCACCGCCGCCUUUGUUCCCGUCACCGCCGCCAUGGGCCUCACUAUCUCGUCGCUCUUCUCCCGCCUCUUCGGCAAGAAGCAGAUGCGCAUCCUGAUGGUUGGUUUGGAUGCUGCUGGAAAGACGACUAUUUUGUACAAGCUGAAGUUAGGGGAGAUAGUCACCACCAUUCCAACUAUUGGUUUUAAUGUUGAAACAGUAGAAUAUAAAAAUAUUUGUUUCACAGUAUGGGAUGUUGGUGGUCAAGAUAAAAUUAGACCUCUUUGGAGGCAUUACUUCCAAAAUACACAGGGUCUUAUUUUUGUGGUAGAUAGCAAUGAUCGUGAGAGAAUUCAAGAAGGAGCCGAAGAGCUGCAGAAAAUGCUUCAGGAAGAUGAAUUGCGGGAUGCUGUGCUACUGCUCUUCGCAAACAAGCAGGAUCUGCCCAAUGCCAUGGCGAUCAGUGAAAUGACAGAUAAACUAGGCCUGCAGUCCCUUCGUAACAGAACUUGGUAUGUUCAAGCUACCUGUGCUACACAAGGAACUGGGCUGUACGAGGGUCUGGACUGGCUGUCGAAUGAACUCUCCAAACGUUAAAUCCAGCCGGAUAACUGACCAAGGACAUGUUUGAUAGAAUUGGGUCUAGGCUUGUUACAACAAAAUUAGUUUGCAUCUUGGUUAUUAAAUGGUAUCUUGGAACUGGUUUGGGCAGGAUUUUACAGCAUUUAAACUCAUUUUGUUGCCAAUUAUUGUUUACCAAGUUUAACGUUGCUGUUAUAGCAGUUACACUUGGAUUUAAAAAAUUCUCCUUAACUUGAAAAAAAAGUGUACUCUUAUGAUUUUACUUCCCUUGGCCUAAAUGCCUGGACAUAGCUAUUGUGACGACCUUCAAAUGAAUAUGUUUUGAAUGUUUUUUUGAGCCCCAAUAAAUAAUGUUUUAAAGUUUCCCCUUGCUACUUUACUGAUACCUUAUGUCAUUCCUUGGACAGUCUGCUGAUUUCAAAACGUAGCAUUCCAUUUGUAUUUAUUUCUCUCCCUUGCCAAAAAGACUUUCUAAUACUGCUGCUGCCAGCCAAGAAAAUGCUCUAAAACACUAUUCAGAUUUCCUGCAACUGAGGGACAUUGGAACUUUUUUAUUAACCAGCCCUGCUUAUCUUCGUGUGAUUUGGACUUGAUGGAUAAUUAAUUCUGUGCUGGUGGCCAAGAGUUGAUACUGAGAUGGCUUUUAAUACUCAGCAGAUUGUCUUCCUUUCUAUUGUAUCUUUUUUUAUGUUGCAUGUUGCUUUUGGUAUCAGACUGACUUUUUGCCCAGUGUAUCAUAGUUCAGCUGAUGUUUUAUUGUUUAUUGGUGAACAUAUCUUCAUUAAGAGAUUUUGGAAAAUUCAUCAAACUCAAUAAUGAAUUAGUUUCUUCAUAACCCACUUGAAAUUAUUCCUAAUAAAAUGAUAAAAUAUA